CCAGGCAGUCGACCAGACACACGAGCGCGAGUUUGAAAAACUGAAACUCAAAACCGCAAAUUCAAAAGCGAUCAAAAGGCAUAUUGCUGCAACGAGCGUGGGCUGCAAUCGCAAGUGUUAAAAAAAAUAAUAAUAAUAUUAAAUAUCCAAAUCAUACACCAGCUGGAGCUGGAACUAAUUGAAAGCCUCGCUGGGCUUAUUGCCAAUAAUGAAGAUUGCCAAAAUUGGCAACCGCUGAGCGAGAUAUAAUUUGGAAAAUCUUGUGCGUGUGUACAGAGCCGUGAAAAGCCAACGGCAAAUAAAUUGCAAAUUAAAUCGGAAAAAUAUUAAAAACAGAAAAAACACCAAAGGAAAAACACCGGGAAAUCACCAUGAAAUCGUGGCUGCUGGCUCUGGUGGCCCUGGCAGCGGUUGUUUCUGGCAGCCAGACUCCAAGUGCGAAUCAAUACCACAUCCAGACGGACGAGGGACCGGAGCGGUACUUCCGCUUCCAAACGGACAGCGGUCAGUUCCGCAAGGAGAAGCGGCUGCAGGAUGGCACCGUCAUCGGCACUGAGGCCUGGAUCGAUGCAGCGGGCUAUCUGCGCCAGAAGGACUACAUAGCCGACAAGGAGGGAUACAGGAUACUCAAGUCCAAGACCAUUUAUGUGGGCCUUGGAAGAGCUGUUGAGGAUGCCAUUAAAUCCACCAAGGCAGCUCCUGCGCAAUCGGGGGUCUUGGUCCAUGGCGGCUCCUCAGGAUCUUCGGCCAACAGUUUGGGCAGCUAUCAGCGUCCCAACUAUGGCUACAUAUCCAGCACCACAUCCACCACCACUCCCGCUCCCGUACAGUCAUCUCUUCUGGACAUUGUGGACUCGGGCGUGGGAAAACUGAAUUACUUGCCACCCGAACAGGCUGCCAAAAUUUUGCCGCAAUCACAACUCGGAUUCGAUCACUAUCCGGAUGAAUUGCCUCGGGCCAGCGGUCAGCUUUUGUCGCCUCUGCCAGCCACGCCCCUUAAUCCGCUGGUGGAUAUUCACCCCAAUGCUGAGCCUGUCCAGGACUUGGAACUGAAUGCCAUCAAUGUGUACGAUGCCGAGGCGGAUCGCUCUUUUGGCCAUGGCCAAUUUGGAUCGGUUAUAAGUUCCACCACGGCCAGACCACCUUCGCUGGACAUGCUGCCGCCUUUGAGUGCCCACAGGCGACGCCUGCGUCCGCGUCCAACUCCUGCUCCCAUAGCCAUUGUUUCCAGUACCCCAGCACCCAUUUCUGGAGGGGAUCUGUAUGGCUACUCCUCGCCGCAGCCCUUUGUCGCCCCUGCUCCCUAUCAGUUUGCCCCGCCGGCCAGUUCCUCCAGCACCGGAUACGGGUACUAUCCUCCGCCGCAGUCGCCACUGGAGGUCAACUCGCUGGAGGCGGCUCUGCUCCCGCCCCUGCCCUCCGCCCAUGGCUACCGAAGGCGCCUCCGGCCAAGGCCAGUCCAGGGCAACCAUCUGGAGGGAUUGGCCGCCUCCGAGUACGAUGGCGUGGGCACCACGCGCAAUGGCUUCCGCUACGUGCUGCCCAAGCAGUAUCACGAGGAGGAGACCAAUCCGGCGGACGGCAAGCGGGCGGGCAGCUUCGGCUACGUGGAUCCCUUCGGCAUCCGGCGGGUGGUCUACUACAAUGCAGCUCCUGGGCGGGGAUUCGUCCAUCGGAACAACAAUCAGUUUGUGGGCGCCAAUGGAGCGCCCUACGAUGCUCCGGGUCCAGCGCAGCUGGUCAACGAAUAGAGAUAAGGGAACAGGAUCAUUGAUGGAGGUUAGUGUGGGUCGAUCUCUGGGGCAAACAGUUAUGGGGAUCAUACUAGCUGAGGAUCUAGGGAAAUUACCUUUGGAAUCUAUAGAUUUGAUAUGAUUUUUUUGAAUCGUGAUUACGCAUACUUUUAAUCAAAUUAUUAGAAACUGAAAACAUUGAAAUAUUCAUUCCAGUCUUCAAAGAAAAUUAUUUUAAAAUAGAAUUAUUUUAAAUGCAUGUAAAUAUUUAAUAUUUAUUAGAAAUUCUCAAAGAUCUGAGAUAAUAGUUUCAAAGGAAAAGUAAUGAAAGUUUUUAAUAUAAUUAUCAAAUUUUUACUUUUUAUCAAUUUGUUAGAAACUGAACCAAUUAAAAUAUCCAUUGAAAUCUUAAAAGAAAGAUGCAAGAUGUAAUAGUUAAAGUGGAUGUUUAUUUAUUCAACAUUCAUUAGAAUUUUAUUAGAAUUUUCAAUAUAAGAACUAUAGUUUCAUUGGAAAAGCUACUGGAAUUAUUCAAAAGAUCUGUUAGAACUUGAUACCCUGUAGUCCAGAAAUCGACCCAUGCUAAUGCAGGUGCUGCACUUAACCCGACUCCCGACUCACUCAAUGAGGCACCAAAACUAACCGUAGAACCUCAGCCAGGGGAAGUCCCCCUCUUACGAUUAACCUGUACAUAUUACCACGCUUAAAUCUUCACCUUCUCAAGAACCCACUUCUAUCCUUUCUCUUCUGCACGCACACACAAAGAAAACGACAUCUGUGUUAAUUAAUUUAAUGCUUAAUCACAUCUAAAUGUAACAUUAUUUAUAAAUCGAAACUAUGUGCAAUUAGCGCUUAGCAUAGGUAUUUUAGGGGUACUCACUGCCAAAACAAAUGAAAUUGUGCAAGUGAUUGGGGAGAAAUCGUUUCACGUAUUAAUCUUGCCAUAUUAACGAAAAGUAAAUAAUAUAUCAAAGUCCUCUGUUCAUCCCAAGAAACUCCCCUUUCGCCCCUUAGCGUAAUUAAACCGAUUAAAAGAUAGCCUUUCUUGGCCAAUAGCUGUUCAUUUGGUAGGAAUGAACACCCGUUGCCUGGAAAUUUUAGCCAAGUAGUGCGAACGAUUAUUUUGUGUAGUGUUAAGAAGUUUGAAAAUAAUAAAAAUAAUUAUUUAAAUGAAAAA